UCCCCCAACUGCUGCCGGGGUGGGGACGUGGGUUCCUGCUCCGCUAAGCCCUGCAGCUUUUCUCCUCUAAAGCCUGAUUACUCCGGCGGUGCCUGUGCGUGCGUGCGUGCGUGCUCGGGAGGGGAGGAGGAGGAAUUUCACAACAAGUGUUUGCAGCCACGCUGGGCCCAGCUGCCCCAGAGCCGCCCCAGGGACAGCGGCAUCACCCUCGCUCCAGGGAACAGCACCGAGUCGGGGCUCCGGCCGUCGCCGCCGAGCCCCUGCCUGCGCUGGAGCAGCCGGGUGCCUGCAGUGGGCGUGCGGGCAGGGCAUGGCGGGGCAUGGCAGGAGAGCCGCAUGUUGUGUACCAGAGCCGCAGAGUAUGUCUUUGCACUGAGACUGGACUGAAGUCCUCUGCAGCCGGCGCUGGAGGAGACACCCCGUUGAUGAGCGUUCCCAUCUGAGCUUUCCCCGGUGGCUGGCGGGCUGGUGCUACCAGAAGGGCUUUGGGGGUCUUUCGCUUUGGCGUUGGGGGUGGGUUUUGGGGUUUUUUUGUUUUGUUUUUUUUUUUUUUUUUUAUUUUGGGUUUGGUUUUGUUGUUGUGCUCUGGGCACCAUGUCAAAUUCGGGCUCCCAUCAAGACACUGGGAACAAGCCAGAGACGGAAAAAAAUAACCAAGAUGACUCUCAACCCCCCAUCAGCUCCGAGAGGAGGAACAAAAGUGGAAUAAUAAGUGAACCUUUGAACAAAAGUCUUAAGAAGUCCCGUCCACUCUCCCACUAUUCCACCUUUGGUAGCAGCAGCUCGGUAAGCGAACAUUCAGAGAAAGGCAACCCCUUAGCUAAUGGCAACGAAGCGACUGUGGAUAAAAGUCAUUCUACCUCAAAGCACAAAAACAUCUCUAGUAUGCUGAGCAAAUUAGACCGGGUGUCGGAGAUCUCCUCAGAAGGACAGACCGCCCUACAACAGUUUGCUCAGUCGACAGAAAUGCUCAAAAGAGUGGUACAGGAGCAUCUUCCUCUAGCAAGCGACCACGGGACUGGUAUCUCUGACAUGGAGGCAGUCUCAGCUGCAGAGACAAUGAACGGCCCCUCUGAUUUUCCUUACCUGGGGGCUUUUCCCAUCAACCCAGGCCUUUUCAUUAUGACCCCUGCCGGCGUGUUUCUGGCAGAGAGCGCGCUCCAUAUGGCUGGCUUGGCAGAGUAUCCCAUGCAGAAUGAGUUGGCAUCUGCCAUCAAUUCGGGGAAAAAGAAACGGAAAAGAUGCGGCAUGUGCCCGCCCUGCCGAAGACGGAUAAACUGCGAGCAGUGCAGCAGUUGUAGGAAUCGCAAAACUGGCCACCAGAUUUGCAAAUUCCGAAAAUGUGAAGAACUCAAAAAGAAGCCUUCUGCAGCACUGGAGAAGGUGAUGCUUCCUACAGGAGCCGCGUUCAGAUGGUUCCAGUAGGAACGGGAAUCCCAAAGCUCUGUCAUCCAAGUGCAAUGUCACUGCUUGCUUGUGUUGUCUCAGGCAAGGGAUUUUUGGCUGAAAUGAAUGGAUGCACCUGUGUCUCUUUAGAACCAAAAAUAUUUUCUCGCAAAUCUCAUUCCUGUUUUUAUAAUUUUUUUUUUGCGUUCGUUUUAACAUCUUCGAGUCCUAGUCAGACAUUUAACUGCUUUUCAAAUAAAAAUAAUUAAAAGAAAAAAACAAUGGAUCUGUAAAGUACCAAGACUUAAUAGACAGAGUAUGGACAAUCAGUUUCUUUCUGUGUUUUGGUGUUGAUGUUGUUUAUGUGUGAAAGAUGCAGUACUUGUGUAGGGAAUGUAAAUUUACAGUAACCUUUUAAAAUCUAGUUACUAAUAAGCACUACUGUAAUUUAGCACAGUUGUUUAAUUGCACCCUCAUUUAUACUUUUUAUUUGAUUCUUUCCCAUCAUACAAUAGAGUGGAUAGUUUCUAGAAUGCCUCAACUUCAUGUUUAUAAAUGAGAAUAUGUUUAAAGCGAUGUAGUCUCCCUUUUCCUAGCCAUUCACCUAUGUAAGUUUAACCCGCAAGAGGUUUGGUAUAAAAGGUGGAAGAAAACAUUUGCUACACAACUGGCGGUCUUCGAAAAAGGAAAAAAAUAAUAUAAAAAAAAAAAGAAAAAAAAAGUCAUUGUUAGUUUAUUAAUAUAGAACAAGAAACACUGCAUACAGAAAAACCUCCUAAUUGCAACGGUUUACUCCUAGAAGUAAUUUUUGUAAACUUACUGAAGUUAAAAUCAAAAUAAAAAUAAUAUUGCAGGACCUGUGCUGAAGCAGUUACGAAAAGUGAUAUUUCUCUUCUGUUCAAAUCCCCGUCUCUCCAGCUCUCUCUACAUCAUUAAAUUGAAAUGCUGUUUGUAAUGUUUUAGCGAUCCAGGCUGUUUUUGUGAAUAAAAUGAAUGCAUGUUUUGUGUCAUGA